AAACUUCUGGUCUCUGUAGAAUUCGUGUCUUGCUCGGCCAGAAACUAUAAUGGACAAUUUCAUUGCUCCUGGAAAUGGCAUCAUGAACGAACCCACAAAGCCGUGGUAUAUUUCGCUGCCAUCAGAAACUCAUCUGACCUCAACUGCACCCUGGACUCUAAUAUCUCGGAACUGACCUGCAUCGAUAAGGAUUAUUGUCCGUAUUCGGAAGAGCCUUUGAGCAUCAACCUCACGCUGCUCGUCAGAAACAUGUUCAGGCUGGAGGAACAUCACAGGACUUUCUUCAUCCGAGACAUUGUCAAGCCAGAUAAAGUGGGCAUCACCAAGAUCCAGGACAAUGAGUUUGAGUGGCGCCCCCCACAGACCUGGAGUUUCCCCUGCAGUUUCUUUCCUCUUUCCUAUGAGAUCAAAGUAGUUCCAAGAAGUCAUGAUUGCGACUACACAGGGAAUCGUGUUGAACAAAAUGAAACCAACAAGACACAUUACAAGGUGAAUAGCAAAAAGCCGUAUACUUUCUGCAUUCGAGCUCAGGACCCACUAACUAAAGCAGUUUGGAGUGACUGGAGUCAUCAUCAUCAGAAAAAACACCAUCACAUCCUGGAAAAAUAAAAAGUCUCAAAGGAACACUGCACUCAGCUAGAUUAUCAGCCUUCAAUUGCUGAAAGAUGUUCAUAUUUAUUUAUUUAUAUGUGAUAAGUUUUGAGCUCCAAGUGUUUUCAUGCAUUUACUUUCCAGAUCAUUAAAAAUAUUGAAUGUU